AUGGCACUUGCCAAUAUGCAUGGGCUUGAUCUUUCAUAUCUUGAGCAUUUAGCCUUCAAAAGCAAACACGACUUUAUGCUUGAGGAAGAAGGGUGCACCAAAAACUAUCCUUCAGUACUCCCAGCCCUCUCUGAUCAAAGCAACAUGCGUGACAAUAGCUCUCUUAUGUUUCUGGAAACAAUCUCUUCAUCUCAAGAAGCUCAAACUGUUUUCAACAUCAAGGUUGGUGCCGACCACUGGAUGCAAUCCAACUCUUCAGUUCUUAGUUUUGAACAAAAGUUUGGUUUUGGAGAGAAUUGUAUUAAUUGGGUUGAACCUAUGGACUAUGACUAUCAAAUGAACCACCACCAUACCUUGAAGAGUGCAAGUGAUUCUUGUGAAUUAGAAACACCUGAUUAUGCUUUAAUGGAUAGUCAACUUGGCCAAAACCGGUUCAAGAUUUUUUAUUCGACCACAAAUUCUGGUGAUGAUCUUGAAGAUAUCAGUUGGCAGCAGCAAAGCCUGCAAAAGCGCCAAUUCUUGGGUGGUGACAUGCAAGCUUCAAAAAAGCAUUGUGGCAAUAACAAGAAGCAAACCAAGGCAAAGAUAACUACUACAUCAAAGGACCCACAAAGUAUUGCAGCAAAGAUUCGAAGAGAGAGGAUAAGUGAACGGCUUAAAAUCUUACAAGACCUUGUUCCAAAUGGCACGAAGGUAGACUUGGUUACCAUGCUAGAGAAAGCCAUAAGCUAUGUCAAGUUUCUUCAAUUGCAAGUUAAGGUUUUGGCAACUGAUGAGUUCUGGCCAGCUCAGGGAGGAAAGGCACCUGAAGUUUCUCAUGUGAAGGAGGCCAUUGAUGCGAUCUUAUCUUCUCACCGAGAAAGGAACUCCAACUUUAACUUCUGACCAUUUCGAGGCUUGGUUAUUUAAUAAGUAACUACUACAUUGAAAUCUCGGGACCCCAUACACAAGAGAUCGCAGGAGAAGCAAAGGGCAGAAAAG